UCGGGAACAUCUGUAUCGUGCUAUUCCUGAUUAUUUUUCACUUCUCUGCAUAUAGAACGGCUGCCCUUUUCUGUGGGUAUGCAUAUAACCAUUUUUGUAAAAUCUAUCUACGAGGUUUUUGAGGAGGUUAUUGUGGCCGUUUCCGCGGAAAUACUGGCGAGGCGUUCCGGAGCUCGCUUGAAGUUAGAGGCGUGAGCGGUCUCGCGGCGCUCUGGACUGCCGACACCCUGAUGUUUCAAACGGACGAGGAUUACUACUGCAUAAACCAGGAGGGGUGUGCAGGGAACGAUCCAGGCAUUUCUUUGAAGGGAAUGGACUGCACGUAUGAUGUCGAUUUGGAAGAACUGUGUCCAGUUUGCGGCGAUAAGGUUUCCGGAUACCACUACGGUCUGCUGACCUGUGAAAGUUGUAAGGGUUUUUUCAAGAGAACGGUUCAAAACAAUAAGAGGUACAAUUGCGCAGAAAACCAAGAUUGCAAAAUUGACAAAACGCAAAGGAAAAGAUGUCCCUUUUGUCGCUUUCAGAAAUGCAUCACUGUCGGAAUGAGAUUAGAAGCGGUGCGGGCAGACCGCAUGCGGGGCGGCAGGAACAAGUUCGGCCCGAUGUACAAGCAGGACCGGGCCCUGAAGCAGCAGAAGAAGGCUCUGAUCCGGGCCACGGGCCUGAAGCUGGAAUCUGGGCCUCUGCUCCCGGCCCCUCCUCAAACGGACUGCACGUUCACCCCCAGCCCCCAGUGCCCCUCCCCCAUGCUGAAGGCCCCGGCCCAGCCCCUCCAAGACCCUCCGGGCUACACCCCCUUUGCCAUGUCAGCGCCCGGGCCUUUCCCGGGUCUGUACCAGUACGGUUCCGCCCCCUUACCCAAUCGGGCCAUUAAGUCGGAGAUGUCCGACCCCUCCUGCUCUCCGGACUCCCUGACGGGCUUCGGUUUCCAGGAUGGCGGCUGCCUGUCAGUAUCGCCGCAGCAACCUGGGACCGUUGCCACGGCGCCAGCGCUGGUGCUGGAGCUCCUGCACUGCGAACUGGACGAGGCGCAGGUGCGGGCUCGGAUACUGGAGCACCUGCAGCAGGAGCAGGCCGGGCUGGGCCGGCUGGACCGCACCGGUGCCUUCGGCCUCGUGUGCCGCAUGAUGGACCAGAUGCUCUUCUCCGUGGUGGACUGGGCCCGCGGCUGCGUCUUCUUCAAGGAGCUCAAGGUGGGGGAUCAGAUGAAGCUGCUGCAUAACUGCUGGAGUGAGCUGCUUCUGCUGGGUCACAUCUACAGACAGAUACAGCACAGCAAAGAGGACAGUGUGCUGCUGGUCACCGGACAGGAAAUUGAAAUCUCUUCCACUGCUGACCAGGCGGGGGCGAUACUGAGCAGCCUGGUGCAGAGCUGCCAGGAGCUGGUGAGGAAACUGCAGGCUCUGCAGGUGGACCGUGGAGAGAUUGCCUGCUUCAAGUUCCUCAUCCUCUUCAACCCCGAUGUGAAGUUUCUGGAAGGCCAGCAGUUUGUGGAGAGCGUGCACGAGCAGGUGAGCGCGGCUCUACUGGAGCACACGCUCUGCAACUACCCGCAGUCCCUGGACAGGUUCGGCCGGCUGCUGCGUCGGCUGCCCGAGCUGCGCAGCCUGAGUGCGCAGGCGGAGGACUACCUGUGCUACAGGCACCUGAGCGGGGAGGUGCCCUGCAACAGCCUGCUCAUCGAGAUGCUGCACGCCAAGAGGGCCUGCUCCUGA